UUAUAGUAUCCUUAAUCUGUCGUACAAAAAAGAGGAAAAAAUGGAUCCACUCCAUGCUGUCAGUAAUUCCAUUAAUGGCCGCUAGAUGUCACUCUACCAAGGUUGGUGCAGUGGGACAUGUGCUUAAUAAACUGCUCUUUUUGUCUUUUUCCUUCACUCUAUUUUUUCUAUUUUUCUAUAUCAAAUCUUAUCGUUUAUUGAUCACAGCCUCUCCCCUUAUUGGAAAACGUUGGGGGAGCACAAGAAAACCCUCUGAAUGAGUCUUAAAGGGAAAGAAGAAAAAAAAAAUCUGUAUUAAUGGGGCGUGGCCUAGCCGCAGCCACCUGAGUAAGCAGUGGGCGGAGCAGGAGAAGCUUGCGCCUCUAUGCUCUCAGUGUUUGACAGGUGGAGCUCAGCCGUUCAAAGUGCGUUUGGAUUAGAACCAACUCAAGAAAAACUCGCGAAUUUAGCUUUUUGUGGAUUCUGACAGCCAACUUCCGAUCCUCCGCAGAACGCCGCACUGUGUGUGUUGGGUCUGGCUGGAUAAAGGGUGCAUGCGAUGAAGAUGUUGGUGUGAAUUAUUCUUUCCGCACACACAUUGGGGAGUGUCUGUCUGAGAAGAUGCAGGACGCUGGACCUCUGGCAUCGCAGCUCCUGCUGCUGAGCUGCUUGUGUGUGGCGGUGUCCGGUUAUCCAUUCAGACCGCCCCUGGACCUGGAUGUGACUCCGCGCGUCACUGUGUUGAUCAGUGGUCUGCAGGGCAGCAGGCGUUUCCAGUCUUCUACCGUCAACUACAGCACGCUGCUGCUGGAUGCUGACAGAGAGCGUCUUUAUGUGGGGGCUCGAGGAGCUGUGUUCGCUCUCGAUGCCACUGACAUUUCAGCCAGCCCUGCUGCCUCUAUUGAGUGGGAGGCCUCAGCAGAGCAAAAGUUUCAGUGCCUACUGAAAGGAAAAGACAACAAGACGGAGUGUUUUAAUCACAUUCGCUUACUCCAAAGGUUUAACUCGACCCAUCUCUACAUGUGUGGGACUCACGCCUUCAGCCCGCUCUGUGCUUAUAUAGACGAGGAGAGGUUUGUUAUGUCAUCAAAGCCUGAGGAGGGCAGGGAUAAAUGUCCCUAUGGGCCAACGACAGGUUAUACUGGUCUCCUCGUAGAUCAACAGUUGUACACAGCUUCCCAGUAUGAGUUUCGGAGCUUUCCAGAUAUUCGGCGUAACUCUCCGUCUCCCACUCUGAAGACGGAAGAUGCGCCCACACGCUGGCUGAACGAAGCGGAGUUUGUGGGUUCCUCCCUCUUGAAAGAGAGAUUGGGCAGCGGCGGCGAUGAUCAGAUCUUCUUCUUCUUUACAGAGAGGAAUCAGGAAUACUCUGGAACCUACAGCCACAGUAGAGUGGCUCGAGUAGGUCGGGUUUGUAAGGGAGACCGAGGAGGUCAUUUGACUCUCCAAAAACGGUGGACUUCCUUCCUAAAGGCCAGACUGACCUGUUCCCUGCCUGACUAUGACUUCCACUUCAACAUGCUGCGGAGCGUGUUUGUUAUGCCUGACUUGGAACCGCAGGAAACCCUCUUCUAUGGCAUCUUCGGCCUGGAGUGGAAAAACGUGAAGGCGUCUGCAGUGUGUCGCUUCAGCCUGUCUGAGGUCCAAAAGGCUUUUCAAGGACCCUACAUGGAGAACCAGGACUCUGGCUCCAAGUGGACGGAAUACACCGGAAAGAUCCCGGAACCACGACCCGGAACUUGUAUAAAUGAUGCUUUGAGGGCCAGGGGCAUAAACAUUUCCACCUCCCUGCCUGAUGAUGUGUUGGAGUUUGUCAGGCGGCAUCCUCUGAUGUCCCAUCAAGUCCAACCUCUAGACAAACGGCCGGUUUUGUUCAGGCGGACGACAGACUACACACAUAUGGCAGCACACGUGGUCCAGGGACUAGACGGAGAAACAUACCAUGUUUUAUACAUGGGGACAGAUGAAGGCUGGUUACAUAAAGCUGUGGAGGUCCAAGGUCAGAUCCACAUUAUAGAAGAGCUUCAACUAUUUGAGGAACCGCAGCCAAUCACCAAUCUACUAAUGUCCACAAAGCAGGCGAGCUUGUAUGUAGGCUCUCCAUCCGGCGUGGUUCAGCUUCCACUCUCCAACUGUGGCAGAUACUCUACCUGCUACGAAUGCGUCUUUGCCAGAGACCCGCACUGUGCCUGGAACGGCGGCGAGUGUGUGGACGUUACAGCGCAGGCAAACAGAUCCUCUUUCAUACAAGACAUCCAGCACGGCAACAGGGGAUGUGAGAAGGCGCAGUACGAUGUUGCUCAGAAAAGCCGCUCCGUGCGGGUGGGUGAUGACGUCCUGCUGCAGUGUGAGCUCAUCUCCAACCUGGCAACGCCUCUCUGGACUCUGAAUGGCAAGGAGCUGCAGGGCUAUGACCUCAACUCUGGGUUCAGGACAGGUACGGACGGCUUGCUGGUCAUUGAGGCCCAAGUGGACCAGAGUGGCCUGUACACCUGUCACGCCGUUGAAAACAACAUCCGGGUUGCUAUAGUAACCUACAAUGUAACCAUCGUCGUCGACCUGCCUCCUCCACCACCUGUUGAUCCAGCUCCUAAGCUCCUCGUUACCCCGUCAAGAGCAGUCGAGCGUUCCUAUAAUGAAAGAACGUCUCUGGAACCACCAAGUCUUCUUCUCACACCUUCAAAGUUCUUGUCUCCCAAAAACAUGGAGGCUUUGUAUCUGUCUCUAAUCACAGUCCUGUCUGGCAUCGUCGUGGUCCUCGCUGUGGUCCUCGUCUACAUGGGCUUCUGCUUGCGAGCUGGUCAGAGCGGGAAGUACUCGCUGCGUGCUGCAGCUGCUGCAUAUCCAAGGAACCACAAGAAAAGCAGAAAGACGCACAGAAACUCCUCCCACAUGGAGCUAAAGACCAUCUCCAGUCACUGCAAUGGCAACGGCAUUUGUAAUGGGAUUUCAAAGCCGCAUAAUGGCAGCACCCAAGAAUUGGGGGUUCUACAGAUAGUCCCUGGUGAGGGCUACACUUCACCCACUAGAGAGACUCUUCCCCCGGCUCCACCUCUACCCUCCACCCCACAGCACCCCUCUCCAGAGUGCAACUUCCCCAACGGGUUAGCAGCCACGCUGCCGAGCGUCUUAAGGAGAAUGAACGGAAACAGCUACAUUUUGCUGAGGCAGAGUGAUUCCGAAAGCUCAUCGUCAUUCUCUUUUGCUGAAGAGCUCAACAGGAUCCUAGAAAAGAGAAAACACACUCAGCUGCUGCCCAUACCAGACGAGAGCUCUGUAUGAAGACAGGAUGGUGUCCUGUAGAGGACAUUUUUUUUACCUGGUGCCUGUCGUGUGACUCAUUUUUAGGGCUAAAGCGACAAAGUCUACAAAGACUUUUUGAUCCGUCUGCGACUUGAACAGCUGCCUGUCAGUCUGUUUUUAUUUCUUUUUUGUAGCAUCAACAAAAAAAAACAAUGAAAUACCAAGAAAAGACUAAGCCUGAAACAAAAAAUGAAAACUGCAAUCUACCUCACCUCAAUGCUGCCCAGAGCGUCCUGUGCAGUCAGACUGUGGUGUAAUCUAUGAGUCAGAGCUGGCAUCUACAGAACCCGAAACCGCAUAACAAUUUAACAAGGUAUGGAGCCGCUUGGGGACAUUAAUAAAUGUGAAGCAUCAACAUGGACAAGACGGCAGCUAGCCAAAGUUUGUUAGCACUAAAAGUGCGCAAAUUGCCUUUUGAGAAAGGACAUUUACUCGCUAAAAGUAUUGAAGGACGUGGAAAUGUUUUUGCAUGGGAAAGCCACAAAGAAAUAUGUUUUUUUUUUUGUUUUAUUACCUUGAAAGGGGAGAAUGAUGUUUGAUAGGACCAUGUUACUGCUUUCUUUGCCUCUUAGGACGGACUUUAAGGAGCUGACGAGUCUUCAUGAACUUCUGUAGGAUGAGGACUAACAAGUUACAGAGGAUAAAACUUAAUCCUGAACAACAAAAUAAUACGUUGCACCUUAAAUAAAUUGUGAUGACCACAAAACAGGAACUCACAAUUGGAAUAGAUGCCUAAAAACCCCUAUCAGUACUGGUGAACUAAUAAUAAUUUAAUUUAUUUGAAUUAAUUGAAUCAUGAUGAAUCAUUUUGUUUUUUGCAAUGUUACAGCAAUUGACACUUUUAGUUAUUGAUUAUUGUGAAAGCGUGCAGUUAUGUAUGCAAACUACAGUUAAUCCUCAACCAUUAUGAAUAGUUUAAAAUUAAUAUUUAAAAUAUUUGACGAAUUAAAUCUAUCAACAUCAGCAAAAACAACAAAUCAGCAUAAAUAUUAAUAACAUUUAUAUAUUAAUAAAAACAACAAAUCAAUCCUAACUGAUAAAGAAUUAAAUAUUGAUUUUGAUUUUUCCAGGAACUGAUGAGAUAUAAAACAGUAUUAUUUUAUUACACUUUUAUGACUCGUUCAAAGUGCGUUGUUAAAGUUGAGAGACAUUUAAACCUGAGAGCGUUUUUUUCUCCCUCUCAUUCUAGUAACAGUGUAAAACCUCGGCCACAAGAGAUGAAAAGAAAAUUACUGAUUGUGUCCGAGCCUGAUUCCAUCUCUGAAGGACAGCAACUGCGCAGAGAGACGGACAAUGCGAAAAGCGUGCCCGCCGAAUCAUUCUCGUGUCUUUACGACACGCCGCCCACGCAAGGACUUUGCCAACUUAAGAGAUAUAGAUCAUGCUUUAAAGGAAUCCAUGAUGACUUCACCCACUAAAAUCUGCCUUUAAAUUCAGUGGAAGUGCAUGUCAACAAGUUGUUGACAGCUGUUAUGAAAGUGGAAAUUCUUCAAUUCUCUAAGAAAAACUGUCAAAAUUAACACUUGAGAAACCAAACAAAAGGGGUUAAAGUUGACUAUAAUUGGAGCUAAAACUUCCUAUUUAUGUUAUGAUUUGAUUAUUUGUUCAAGAGAAGUAAUUCUAUUCUGCGGUUUUUUAUAAAUUUGUGGUUGGAGCUGCGUGAUUACAUCACCUCAGCUCUUCCUGUCAGUCGACUCUGCCUCUAACAUCACGAGAACAAUUCCCUCAUCGCACAGGGAGAAAAGACUAAAACGAAUGGCAUGUUCUGUGUUUGCUGUCAACACGACGGCUCCGCUUGUUUCAAACCCCUGAGCAAAACUUUUAUGUUUCCUUUUUUACAGUAGUACAUUUAUGAGGUCUGACAUUGAACCUGCUGUGUCAUCGCACACUGAACUGACUGAACCGGUAUUGUCAGGGUGUGUGGUGGCAAAUGUCCAAAAUCUUUUUUUUUUUUAAAGACAAUAAUUUAAUACAAAAGAUGAACUGCACCCUUUACAUAAAGAGCUACAUUAAACAAAGACGGUUGGGGCAAGAAAAUAAAAACUAUUGUAUCAAAUUAAAAGAGACUGCACUUAAAGAACAAAAAAGAGUCAGAAGAAAUGACAAAACGAAGACUAUAAGUGAAAAAGAAAGCAAAACCUGUGACAAAAGUAGAGUGGUUUCAAAAUAAAUACAAAUUAUAGAAUGAAAGAAGAUAAAAAAAUAAACUUAUAAACUAUGUUGAUACCAUUUCCGGUGCUGCAAAACAACAGUGGAGACACCUGAAUAUUUUUACACCUGUCUCUUGUUUCCAGGUGACCAAGUCAGGAGGAAUCCCUCUCAGUUUAAUUUACGGAGGAGAAAAUCCUGUCCUAAACUGUCAGGUGGCAGCUGAGGCUGCAGAGACGGUGUUUUAAUGAGCAGAGGAACAAACUGUACCACCUUCAGUUGACAGCCAGGUCAAAGGAGAGGGCUUCAGCAUGAUGGCCCCGGCACUCCUACCUGAAAAAAGUCGGUGCUCUACAAAGCUGCGUUUUUUUAAAGUAGUUAUUUCUGUGCAUCGUCCACACUUUGGACAACUCGAAUUAUGGCUUGCUGCAUUAAUUAUAACCCCAGAAAGUCAAAAAACAAGUGCCAAAUCGAUGUUUAAAUGUGCUUUGUGGGCUCAUUUUAUUGCAAAACCAGAAGAAAACUGGUUUUUAAAAAAGGGACUAUUUAUUUGAUAGCUUUGUAAAUUUACUUUUCCGAAUUAUGUUAUUGAAUACUCUUGUGAAACUCACUGAUAACACAUUUAACAAUAAACAGGACGGCUUAAAGCAAACUGAGACUUUAAAACUAAGAUGUUUAUAACCUGCUAACAUGAGAAAAUCUCGCCAAACUUAAUCACAUAUUUACAUUUUUUAGGAUCACUUUGAUGUUUUCUCACUUUUCUGUGCAAACUUGUUCCCACCAAAACUACUUUCCUGAACUAACACAAAGAACACUGUUGACGUUCUUUCCUUCUCAUUUCAAUUUUAAAUAAAUUGUGUUAUCCAGUCAUAA